AUGACCACUGGCCCCGUCGUCGUCAUUGGCUCGCUCGAUCGUGCCGAUGAUUACCAGCGCAUCCUCACCGAGCUCAAGGGCUCGGGCACCAACGUGACCGGCGAGAUGCUCGACCGCAUCCUCGACAAUGCUACCACCCUUCCCGCAGCCCCGCUGACCCUGCACGUCGUGGUUCCGCUUCCGCUUCCGCCUGCACUCCUCACCGCCGUCCCUGCCGCGUCGAGCGUGCGCAUUCACCUUCCCUCCGGCCCAGCCGAGGUCGGGAAGGCGCUCCAGGCGACUCUCGCCCAGCGCGGCUUCAUCGCCGACGCGACUGCCUCCUCGGACGCAGUACUGGCGUUUAGCGCGCCGCAGGCCUCCUCGUCGGCCGCUCCGCUCUCCCGCCCACUCGCACUCAAGCGACGUACCGACAAGGCAUCCAAGUCCGCGCUCUGGGCAUUGGACAGCGCGCCCAUGGCCGACGGCGGUGUCUCGCUCCUCACGCCAGAGGACCGCGCACGGCCCGAGUGCGUCUUCCCCACCGACGACGGGAAGAAGGUCAAGCGCCGCCGCGCGUGCAAGGGCUGCACGUGUGGGCUUGCCGACCUGGAGAAUGAGGAGACUGAGCGCACCGCCGCAGCUGUCAAGGAAGCGCAGGCGUUCUUCCUUGAGGGUGAUGACGACAUUCCAGCGCACGUGCGCAGUGCGACCACUGGCGUCGAGGGCGUGUGGCCCGUCGAGUUCCGCGCCGAGGCCAAGAAGACUAGCAGCUGCAACAGCUGCUACCUCGGUGACGCGUUCCGCUGCGGGUCGUGCCCAUACAUCGGCAUGCCGCCUUUCAAGCCUGGCGAGAAGGUGCAGCUGAGCAUUGGAGACGACCUCUGA